UUCAAGCUAUUGACUAGGCAAUGCCCUCCGGACAUAUUUUCUAAAUGGACUCAGCUGGAUAUCUUUUAUGAGGGCUUAUGUGAAAUGUCUAAAAUGUGUUUGGAUAAUUCUGCAGGUGGUUCAUCACACAUGAAGAAGACACCAGAGAAAACUACUAAGCUUAUUGAGAUUGUUGCUAACAACCAAUAUUUAUACUCUUCUAACAGAAAUCCUAUUAACUCUAGGACUCCUAAGAAGAAAGGCAUUUUGGAAGUAAAAGCUUUUGAUGCUCUUCUUGCUCAGAAUAAAAUUUUGUCUCAUCAGAUGAAUUUGAUUUCUCAACAAUUGAGUGGGAUGCAGGUUUCAGCUGUCAACACUCAGAAUGCUUUUCAAGAGACCCCUUAUGACAUGACUGGUAGCUCUAUGCAAGGUAUUUUCUGGCUGAAAUUGAGGGACUUGAGCAAAAAUCUGAUUCAGAGACUGAAAAGGACUGCAGAUGCUGUUGGAUUCUGACCUCUCUGCACUUGAAGUGGAUUUUCUGGAGCUACAGAAGCCCAAUUGGCGCGCUCUCAACGGCGUUGGAAAGUAGACAUUCUGGGCUUUCCAGCAAUAUAUGAUAGUCCAUACUUUGCCCAAGAUUUGUUAGCCC